GCUCUCACACCAACUUACCUUGAAUCCAGAGCGGCGCCGUAAGUUAAAGAAGCGGAAAUAUACGGUGGGUAUUUUCUUGAUUUUUUGCCUGCAUUGCGACUCGACUGGGACAUUGAUAAACGACAAACUUCUACACUAGUGAAGGGAAGUCAAAAAGCAGGAUGGGUGAAAGCAACUGCUCAAGGAUAGAUGUAGACAACGAUACAUGCCACUUCAAGCACCACAUUAACCCUCCUGUGAACCCCCUGAUCAGCGCCUCCAUGUUUGCUAUAGGCAUCUUUGGAAACGUAGCUGCCCUGGUGAUCUUGGAAAUACGGCGACGCAGGAACGUAAGGAGUGGAGGCACGUGGCAGCGCAGCUUGUUCCACAUCCUCAUCACAUCAUUGGUGGUUACGGACUUGACUGGAACCUGUUUGAUCAGCCCGUUGGUGCUGCUUUCAUACUCGCGCAACUUAACCCUGAUUGGUAUGAGGCCUAAAACUUGCAGCUUGUGUUCAUACUUUGGUGCCAGUAUGACCUUCUUCAGCCUGGCUACCAUGUUGCUCCUCUUCUCUACAGCACUAGAAAGAUGCUUUGCCAUUGGGUACCCCUACCUGUACAGCCGGCAUGUCACCAAGAAGUGUGCAUACAUCACAAUAUUGCUGGUGUUUUUGUUGUGCACAAUAUUCUGUCUCCUCCCUUUUGCUGGAUUUGGGAGAUAUGUACAAUACUGCCCGGGCACGUGGUGCUUCAUUGACAUGAAUGCAGUGAAACCACAGAACAAAGCCUAUGCCAUUCUGUAUGCCACUAUUAUGCUGGUGCUCGUGGUGGCCAUUGUAAUGUGUAACGCCUUUGUGGUGUACCAGCUGUAUAGGAUGUACCAGCGCCGGAGGAGAAAUGGCACAGCGAUGUCCACAAUGAGAUCCAACAGUGAGCGCAAGCUUCUGUCCAUGUCAGAGGAGGUGGAGCAUCUGAUCAUGAUGGUCGUCAUGACCGUUAUCUUUAUCAUCUGUACACUACCACUAGUGAUUCGAGUGUACAUCAACUACAAUGGCGAGAAUGAUCACCCCUCAGACCUGAUUGCUCUCCGCUUCAUCUCCGUCAACUCCAUCGUUGACCCCUGGGUCUUCAUCCUACUCUCCCCUGGUGUUCAGCACUUUUGCUGGACCUCUGUCUGCCAGUCCACCCUGAUAGCCCAGAGGGGAUCUGUGUUUAAAUCAUCGCUGGCUAAAGAAAAUGCCAAACUAGAACUGUCUCGGCCAACGCUGUACACGGAGCAAAUUGAUUCAGUAAAAAAUAUGUGACUGCAGCAGUGCUUUGCCAUCACUUGAUAUUUAUGUUUACUGGACAUGAAAGUAGACUAUGCGCUGUCCUACCUGAGCACCGAAGCUGCAGAAGUUUGCUGGGUCACAGCAGUGUUUCUUUUGGGUAAUGGUCCAUGCCAUCAAGCUGAUAAGAACUUCUAAGCAGCUUUAUCAGUUUCGGGCCGUCUCUUGCCAAUUACUGGGCAUUUCCAUACACUUCUAGCAUUUCAGCUAAAUGCACAUGGACUUCUCCGGAGAUUUUGUCUCCCUCAGGACUUGCAUUCUUUAUGAAUGAAAGAAAAAUGGCUGCUGAUGGGAAAGGAAAUAUCCAAAGUUUGGCAGUGAUGUCAUAGACAAUCUGCACGUGGUUACAAAUAUUGAUCACUGGUAUUAUGAUACUUCUCUUAUCAACCCUGAGAGUCUAAACCUUGUACUUUAAUCUAGGCUGCCAGAUUGAUGUUAGAAAAGUCAAAGGGCAGGAUGCCUACAGAGUCUUAGAUUAAGGUAUCUUUUAACCAAAAAAGGUAGCGAGCUACAGUAUUUAUUUUUUUAUGUAUAGUGUGUAGUAUACAGGAUACACUACCAUGUUAUUAACAACAAGGUUUUCAUGUGCAAAUGCAGCUGUAUUUUGAUUUAAGCUUCUUAAACUGUUAAGGAAAAGCGGAUCAAUAAUCUCAUGACACGUGGCUGUUAUUGUAAUGCUUUUGAUGCACUUUAUGAACUUAGGGUACUUUUUAAAGUGGGUCUUAUUAAUGACAAAAUAAUUAAAAAUAAUGUGAUCAAGUUAAUUUUCCAGACCAGGUAGGUUUAUAUGUUAACUAUUAUAGCAUAAACUUCCCUUUUCUGCCUUAAAUAAUACUGUAGAUUAAAUUAUGUCAGCUGUGUGAUUUGUAAAGAAAUGGCUGAUUACAUUCAGUAUUUAUCACUAAUGGCAAAUAGUUAUUGGCAGCAGUUCACUAAAUACACGUGCAAAUGCAUCUUUAUGCACAAUACAAAGAAUAUGCAGUGGCCAUUUAUAAAUGCUGUCUCAAAGUUUUCAUUAUAAAUAUUUACACAACAAAUAUCUGAAGUCUUGAGCUUUAGUCUUACAUCUACAUCAGCUGGUUUGAGAUGAUACCCUUUUACACACCUGUUUGGCGAAUAUGUACCACGCCACGCCAUUUAUUGGGUUUUAGUCUGGCUAAAGUUGCUAUGUAUCCAACUCAUCUCUACCCAACUCCACCUUCUAAGCCGAUGAUGUGAUUUUUGUUUUAUUUGUGUUUGCUAUGUUCUAUUUGGGGUCGUCUUCUAGCUUUCCAUAAACAGUUGUGUUCAGAAGUUCUUAUGGACAUGAAUUUCAUAGUUUGGGGCGUUUAAUGAUUUCUUUGAAUUUAUCUUUAUUUUUAUAGUGUGGAACGACUGUAACUUUAAAUGGAAAGGUAGAAAACACCUGUCCAUUUAAAUGUUAUAAACUUGCCUCAUUCACACAAGCAGUUUUUCUGUGCUUCUCAAAGUUCUUUCUAUCUAACAUUGACACACAUUUUCUAAUUUAUGCAUAAAACUUUUUACAGAAGAGGAUAAGGGCAUUGGGGGUAAAAAAGCGGGGAGGUCUUUUUUUUCUCCCCCAGAGUUCUGAGAAAAAAGUCGGAAUUCUGAGAAAUUAAAAAAAUAAAUAAAAAGAUGUCCCAAUUUUUUUGUUUUUUGUUUUUUUCCUGUAGCCCUAAUCCCCUUCCAUAACUUUUGACUAUAGUGGUUCUGACUGAAAUACUGUUGAAUAAAACUUUACUGUAACUCAAGUAGCCUAAUAUGGCAACUUGACUUGCUCAUACAAAAUUAAGACAUUGUAGGGGGGGGGUGUCUCCUACAGUAACAGUCUGGUGUUGAAACAAGACAUCUUUUUAAAUUAGGGCUCACAGCUAAGAUCCUCUUAGAAAUUCAGCUGGUAGAGCAAAGGUUUCCAAUGUAAGUUUCCUUUCAGGUCCUUAAAAAUUGUACCCCGCAUUAGUCAUUUUGCAGUUAGCCUACACAGGUCACGCGCUUUACUGAUCAGCCACCCACCAUUACGCAACAGUGAUGUCACUUUUAGCAAAGCAGCUGAAAUCAGAUGACUACUGAUUUUAAUGGAAAAAGUGGGCAGUAUUAUCCACUUUGUUUUUUUGUUUGUUUUUUUGCAGACUUUCAGUGGGAUAAAAAGUUAUAUGUGGUUGAAUUACACAAUAUCUUUCUUUUAAAGGAACCCUAAUAAAAUGUGGAAUCCGGGAAUAAAAUAAAGCUAAUGCAAACCUCUGCCAGCUCUCCUGCCAUUAUCUCUCAAAAAAAGGGAAAACUCUCCCACUGACGUGACUGGGUUUAGGAAUUGAAAUAGUUUGGUGCUCAAAUGAGUACAAAGUGGAAAAAUGUUCACAGAAAUGUGUGGUAAAGGCCAGGAGAUUCAGUGAGCAUCAGUGUGAGAAUUGCCCGUUGUGUUGUUAAAAUCUGCAGUUUAUUGCCUCUGCUGGUAUGUUGUUGAUUCUUAGCUCAGGCUCAAUAUGUUCAGUGUUUACGACAGAGACUUACUGCUUCCUGUCAGUGGUAACGUGUUCUUUCUGUGUGCGCUAAUGCCAUUGUGUUCUCUUGUGAUUUUGAGAAUGAGCGUGUGUAUGUGAGUCUUUGCGUCAGUGUGCCUGUGAUAUGUAUCAGCUUGUGUGACAGACAGCAAAUGUAAUGUCAAACCUGAAUGCUACCUACCUGGAUUUUUCUGUAAUUAAGUACUGUAGAUGAAAUUGAAUGCACUGAGCGCACAAGUUUGUGUGUGUGUUUUAUGGCUUGUGUAAAUAAACAUCUCAUCUACCAAGUA